AACUGCAAUGUAACAAAGUUUCAAAUCUUUUCCAACUCGUUAGCUUGCUUAUUUGACUCAUGGCCUCCGCUACUGAUUCCGCCGUGGCGCCCGUCGCGAAGAAGAAAAGUGCCGGUGCUAAGAAGCCGAAAUCGGCUUGUUCACAUCCACCAUUUCUCGAGAUGAUUUCGGAUGCGAUCGUUACGUUGAAAGAGAAGACAGGAUCGAGCCAAUAUGCAAUCACGAAAUUCAUCGAAGAAAAGCAUAAGCAAUUGCCCUCGAACUUUCGGAAGCUUUUACUUGUUCAGAUGAAGAAGUUUGUUGCUUCUGGAAAGCUUGUCAAGGUCAAGGCCUCUUACAAGCUCCCUCCGGCCUACGCCGCAGCUAAGAAGCCAGCCGCCGCGAAGCCUAAAGCUGCUUCCUCCACUGCUGCAAAACCGAAGCCGAGGACAGCUAAAGCCGCGACGAAACCGAAAACGAGAACAAAAGUUGCGACGCCUGUGAAGCCUAAGGCGAAAACCGCGGUGAAGCCGAAAGCUACUCCCAAGGCUAAAGCUAAACCGGCAGCCAAGCCAGCAAAGGCGGCUAAGACGGCUAAGAAGAAUCUUGACAGUAACAACAAUAGUAGUAAUGCCAUUCACACUCCACCCGGUGAAUGCAUAUAA